AUGGAUGUUGCUAAGUCCCUCCGCCCCACGAACGACGACCUCUGGGCCGCCGCCGUCGGCACGCUCGGGGAGGAAUUGACAUCUCAGAUAGAUUUCAAUCAGGAGACAAAGCAAAAUGCGCUAAGUGAGCUGCUCGCCGCGACUGAGGAAGCGAGGGCAUGCCUGGUCGAUAGGUCGUGGUCCUUCAAGCGGAAGAAUGGCGAGAAGGUUAUCGUCCGUGACGUUUUGGCCAAGGUGGCCAAAUGGGUCUCUCACUUCAAGGAAGUAGGCGACAUUACCGUGCAGUACGAUCCAGUCCACGCUGCUCUGCCUUGGGCGGGUGUCCGAUUCCUGUUGAAUAUCGCCGUCGGGGAUUUGAACACGUACAAUACGCUGCUCGAGAGCACCGCUGACAUUGCAGAAUACAUUUGCCGAAAUGCUCUAGUUGAAAGCCUGCUGAAGGACUCUUCAUCACCCGCCGCAGAUGAGCUGAGCCGUGCGUUGGUCAAGUUGUACGCAGCCAUCCUGGGUUAUCUCGCCAGGGCAAAAUCAUACUACAAUCAGAAUACUCUCAAGCGCGUUCUCAAACAUGGAGUUCUUGCCCCGUCCGACUUGGAGUCAACUUUUACUGCCAUUGGGAAAGCCCAGGAAGGCGUGGACCGUUGUUCUACCAACUUCAAUUUACAAGCCCAUCUGAAAAUGCAUGACGACGUCAAGCGCAUGCUGAAGCAUUUCGAUGCUCCGGUAAACCGCUGGGACGAGGCUCUCAACGCCAUCACGGACCAACUCGAUGCGGAAAAAAGAGGGAAGAUAUUACAUUGGAUAUCGCCUGAGCCCUACAGACAACACCACGAACAGUCGAAGAGUGAGGUCUUAGAGGGCACAGGAAAGUGGCUUCUCCAGGACCCAAUAUUCCUAAAGUGGAAGAAUGAAAGCGCUUCGUCGAUUCUAUGGCUUCGCGGCAUCCCAGGCUCCGGCAAGAGCAAGCUGACGUCCACUGUUGUUGAGGACGCCCAGCAUGCUUUCCGAAGAAACCAGACCCCAGCUCCAGUGUAUUUCUACUGUUCCCGCAACCCGGCCGAGCCUGGACGCUCUGAUCCCUCCAUGAUACUGGCCAGUAUUGCGAGACAGUUGUCGACUCCUCAAAUCGGAGGAUCAAUUCUCGAAACGACAGUCGAGGCGUACAAACAACGGGCCGCUGACGCCUUCGCAGCUGGGCCGCUUUGUCUUGGCGAAAGCAAAGACCUGGUCCUCAAACUACUUGACCGAUACAAGGACGCAACAAUGACGGUUGUAAUUGACGCCCUAGACGAAUGCAACGAGGCGGCUCGAGGUAUGCUUCUGGAUCCGCUGGAAGAGCUCCUCAAGGCCUCUCCAUGCCUGUUAAAGAUUUUCGUGUCAAGCCGGAAUGAUCAAGACAUUGUCUUUAAACUGGUCGACUACCCCAACUUGGACCUCUCAUCUAAUCAUAACUCGGCCGACAUCGGCCUGUUCGUACAUUCGGAGACAAAACGCCUCGUCAACAAUGGGUCUCUGCUGCGGUUCAGUAUGAGAAAGGAAGAAUUGCAAAACAAAAUCAUCCACGAGCUCACAUCCAAUGCGGAUGAGAUGUUCCGCUGGGCCAGCCUACAACUACAGGCACUUCAACAGCAUCGCACUGACGAGGCGAUUCUUGAGAGACUUGGACGGCUACCCAGGACAUUGGCAGAGCUAUACAAAGAGGUUCUUUCCAAAAUCGAAAAUUUCGAGGCCACGGCAGACAGACGAGUAGCUAGGAAUGCUCUCAGCUGGAUGCUCUGUAGCCGGAAACGACUCCGAUCGGACGACUUUCUAGUCGCUGUGUCCCUCACUCGGGAUCGAUCCACCUUCACAAUCUCGAGAGACCAGCUCUUAGGCCUGUGCUGCAACCUAGUUGAUUUCGAUUCCGCCCUUAACAUGUUUCGGUUCUCUCACUUAUCAGUCAGAGAGUUCCUCGAAGAUCAGGAGAUGUAUAGGGCGGCAUCCGUGAACGCAAUCGUCGCAGAAGCCUGUCUUUCUCACAUCAUGGGAGUAACAGCCGAGAUUGCACCACCAACCCCGCUUCUGAAGUACUCAUCCUAUUUCUGGGCAGCACAUGCACAAGAAGCCGCUGAGCAAAGGCAAAUACGACUUCGCGAUGUUCUACCUAAGUUUUUAUCUGGAGAGCAGGAUCGAUCUUCCCACUUUUGCCGGUGGCAUAGGUGGGUUGAGAGAUUCGAUUCAAGGACCCUUCACAGAGACUGGGAAACUACGACCAAGCUCGGGGCUUCCAGAGCCGAUAUACCUUCGAUUCUCCUCGUAGUCUGUGCGUUCAACUUAUACGGUGUUCUCAGCCCGGGACAGUGGAGACAGCUAGCGCAAAGAAAGCCCCGAAACAAAGAUGGCGCCACACACCAAGAAGUUGCGGUCUGCUACGGUGGCCCUGAACUUCUUGAAUGGCAUUUCACCAACAAAAUUCGUUUUCAGAUAACCGACGAAACCGUGCAAGCUGCGGCUAAGAACAUGCAUAACGGCGUAGAGGUGAUGGCGCUGCUUCUCAACAAGUGCGAGACCGAGAUCCAGAUCACAAAGGACAUCAUCAGAGCUGCAGCUGGAAACUGGACUAGUGGUGGGAAGGUAAUGGCACUGCUCCUCGACAAGCGCGGGGCCGAGAUGCAGAUUACUGGGGACAUCGUUAUGACAAUCGCAAGGGAUUUCGAUGAAGCUGUAUUUAGCAUCCUUCUCGACAAGUGUGGGGCUGAGAUCCAGAUUACUGAAGAUAUCAUUAAAGCUGCAGCUAGGAACUGGCUUUAUGGAGGGGAGGUAAUGACGCUGCUUCUCGACAAGUGCGGGCCUGAGAUCCAGAUCACUCAAGAUGUCGUUAAAGCUGCAGCUGGGAACGAGGACGUAAUGGCGCUGCUUCUCGAUAAGCGCGGGGCCGAUAUCCAGAUCACCGAGGACGUCCUCAAGGCCACGGUUGGGAACGAGAGAUGCGGGAAGGUUGUGGCUUUAUUUUUGGAAAAACGCAGGAGCGAAACCAUUGCGGCCAUUACGGACAACGUGUGUUUCACUGCAGCUGCUUCCGGGAAUGUGGACACUCUUCGUUUGCUUUGCCGUCUGAUUCCGCCUGAGACUGUCGACCCGAGUUGGAAUUCUAUUGCUAGUUUCUAUCGCGCAGCAGAGCGUGGCGAUGUGGACCGAAUCGAACAACUACUCCAGGAACCAAUCCCAAAAGACACAAAAAACAGCCGAGGUCAAACUCCUCUCUGGAUUGCCGCAUUCAAAAGGCGAACGGACAUUGUGAAAAUCCUUGCACGAGAAAAAAACAUCGAUGUCGACUCCUUAUCCGCCUCUGGUCAGUCUCCGAUUUUUUGGCCAUCCGCUUAUGGUUAUGAGGAUAUCGUCGGCAUCCUCUUGUCCGUUGGAGCGAAACCACAUUUUAUUGAUGAUUAUGGGCGAACUGCUGUCUCUAUGGCGAGACAGAGCGGACAUGAAAGAAUCGUCCGCGUUCUCCUCGACGCACAAUCGGCAAAGCGCCGUGAAAGCGUUUCAGCUGGAAAGAAGCUUCGGUGGGGACGAUUAUCACUCUCUGCUUCCCUGAUCUUCCUGGGUUUUAUCCUUUAUCAAAUAGGAUGGAUCGGUGGGAAAAGCUUGUUGACGGGUGGAAUGUCUUAUCCCUCUUCUCUAUCUAUUUAGGUAGAAGCCAACUAUUUAUCCAGGGCCGUGAUCACACCCUCGAGAUGCUGAGGACACCGGUCCUGAGACCGGAUUCCUAGGGAUCCGGGA